AUGACGCGCCUGCGUGAUCUGCUCCCCUACUUCUGCGGCGGGAGCCUGUGCCCUGGCUGCUGCGACGGCGGGCCGGCGUGCGACUGCUUGGAGGUCUCGCCGUCGCUCGUAGACAGCUUCGUGGACCUCGUCACGGGGCCGGAGGCCGCCACGCCGUCGGACCUGCCGCUGCUGAGACGCUCGCGGCGGCGGCGAGCGCCGUGGGACCUGGAGGGCUUGGGCUGGUCGUCGCCGCAGUCGGACGCCGAUUGGAGAGGGUCGAUGGGGUGCGAGGCGGACGGCUGCGUGCCGGGUGCCCGGUUCGUGCUCGGCGGAGCCAGCUUCCGCGUGGCCAAGCGGGUGGGCACGGGGGCCCACUCGGUCGUCUGGCAGUGCGAGCGCGUCGCCGACUGCAAGCCCGGCCGCGCGUCGCCAACUUCGCCGGUGCCGGCCGAGGGCGGCGGCGACUUGGCGCUCAAGGUUGGCUCGCUCGGCGACCCGUCGCGCGAGCUGGCGGCGCUGCACCUUCUCGGCCCGUCGGGCGGCCUCUUCCCGCAGCUGCACGGUGCUGUCGACUUUGCGUGCGGUCCGUCGCUACACGAGGUGCAGCUGAAGCGAGGGCUGCGGCCCUGCAGGCUCGACUUUGUGGUCGCCGCCGCCGCGCAGGCGCGGGAGGCACUACACGCCCUGCUGACUGGGAUGCUCGCCACCGCGCCCGAGGAGCGCUGGCGGCCGAGCGAGGCGGCGGCGCAGCUCGCCGCGCUGGACGCCGCGCUGAGCCGCGACGUAUUGGAUUGUAACUUUGUGAGGCUGAGGGCGAUGACCGAGCUGUAA